AUGGCGUGUUUGAGAUCACCAGCUCCUCGAAUGCCACGUCUUCUGCAAGGCUCCCAAUACGCAGUCCCCUCUCUUCCUCCGCAGGGGGAACUCUCAACCUUCUGGCAGGCAAGCAUGUAUAUAUCUAAGAAGACAUUAAAGAAUCAUUUUGACCCCCGUCAGUAUCCAAAGGACACAUACCUACUAUGCAAACUGCAGUGGGGUGAGACUGGCAGGCCUUGGAUACACUGGGUCAAAAAUGAGGGUUGCCAUGCUGAAGUCUACUUCCUGGAAAGGAUCUUUAAGAUGAGAAGAUCCAAUAAUUACGUCAACUGUUCCAUCAUCUGGUACUUGUCCUGGAGUCCUUGUGCGAAAUGCUGCCAUAAAAUACUGAAUUUCUUAAAGCAGCACUCAAAUGUGAACAUAGAUAUACGUGUAGCACGGAUUUAUCACAUAGAAUGGGAGUAUUUCUGCCAAGGUCUGAGGAACCUUAUGAGCUCAGCAAGAGUAACCAUUGCUGUCAUGGAAAUUAAAGGCAAGGAUUCCUGUGCUUUAUGGGACUGGGAAGGGUGA